UACUUCAAUACCGAGUACACUAGAUGUUACACCACAAAGUACUGUAACACGUAUCGCUGAUGAUGCACCUGAGCAGGUAGUACCUCGUCGUAGUGGGAGGGUUGUCCGGCAGCCCGAACGGUUCAUGGGUCUGGGAGAGUCUUCUGAGGCCGUCCCGGACGUUCUUGAAUCCGACCCAUGGACAUACAAUGAGGCACUCCAAGAUCGGGACGCAGAGUCUUGGCAAAAGGCGAUGAAAUCUGAAAUAGAGAGUCUUCGAGCAGGGCCUUGCCAAACUUCCCUAGCAAAAACCCCUGCUCGAUCAUAUGAGGAUGUGCUGAAGCGGUGCAGGAAGUAUAUUAACUUGGAGGAAAAGGAGAUGGAGUUUGCUAAGUUGGAGGGAGUGGCUCGACCAGAGCCAAAAAAGGAGAAAAGUCUGCAGAGGGGGAGAUCGCCGAGGAGGAAUUCGCCCAAGCGGAGUGGGCAGAAAAGGGCAUCACCCCAAAGAGAGAGUCGAGAUUCGAAAAGGGAGAAGAGGGAUGAAUGGCAGAGGAGGCCGAUGUUGUUUGAGAGACAGAGAUACCACACUUUCACGCCCUUGAGGAAAGACAUGACGGAGGUUCUCGAGGCCAUGGAGCAGAAGAUGUCGAGUGAGGAUGUGACUUGGCCGAAGACGAGGUUUACAGGCCCAAUUCGACCUAGGUCGAUUAUUUACUGUCGCUUUCACCGAGAUUAUGGUCAUACCACGGAGAAUUGCAGACAUUUGAAAGAUGAGAUCGAGAGGCUG